GCUGUACCAUGAAACCGGCUGGUUCCCUGGUGCUGCUGCUGGGUGCAGCAUUGCUCCUGACCUCCUGGACCAAUGGCGACAUCUGCCCGGCUGUGGAGCAGGACAUCCAGCUGUUCCUGACUGGCCCUGUCGAUGACUACGUUUCCUAUGUGGGGAAGUAUAACAGCAACCCGCUAGUGCUGGCCAAUGCACGGAUGCUGAAGAUGUGUUUGGACAGCAAACUGACCGAGGAGGACAAGAAGUACGCUAUGAGUGCCGUGGUGAGUCCAGUCUGGCUGGCCUGA